AUGAAAGAAAUAAACAGAACAACUGAUUAAGAUCUUAAUCAGCAUGAAAAGACUAAUUUACUAGAGUACACCGGGGAUAACCAAAACUCUAUAUUAGGUAAGGACAAUAUAAAUUAUUCGGUAGUAUCCCCGAGCAGUCAAUAGCAUAAAACCACUGAAAUACCCUAAUCUCCUCCCUAAUCACCAGGCUAAAGACUACUUUAUGUUGCUGCAAGUCCAGCUCGGUAUAUUAAAAAGCAGAUUAGACCAGGGGGUAUUAAAUCUUCAAUCUUCUCGCUGAUCAUUUUAUGCUUGGGUGCUGGUACUCUCGGAAUGCCUUAUGUUUUCUACAAAAAUGGAAUCGUCUUCGGAAUAGUUAUGCUCUUGGUUGGUACAUGCCUCUCAAUGUACACAGGAUGGCUCGUUGUCAUAUGCUGCCAUAGAUUGAAUGCUUCUCGUUACGAGGAUAUCGCCUUAGCUACUUAUGGAAAGAAAGCAUCAAUUUUGACAUCAAUUUGCAUGCUGGCUCUUGGUAAAAUCAUUUUAUAUUAAAGAGCUUAUCAAUAGUUUAAAGAGUUAUUGCCAUAUACACUAACAAAGCUAGUUGGGCCUGAUCAUACAUUACCUGAUAUUAUAUCCAACACAUUCUUGGGUGAGACAUUCUGGGCUAUAUUGUUUAGUUUUGGAUUAGUAUUCCCUGUUUCCUUAGCCAGAACCUUGAGUGCUUUGAGAUUUUCAUCAUUCUUUGGCUUUAUGAUCAGUAUUUACAUUGUUGUUGCAAUAGUAUUCUUAUGUCUCUUUAGUAGAGAGAUCACACCAGACUUAGGCCAUAGUUUCAAGACUUCUAUUUCUAACUUUGACAUCAAUGGUUUCGGCAUUUUCAAUUCUUUACCUAUUGUAAUCUUUGCUUAUAUGUAUCAAACAAAUAUUCCAAUGAUCUAUGUUGAGCUGGAAAAGAAAGAUCUUAAGCACAUGUGGAAAGUAAUGAAAAUUGGUACUGCUGGAGCCACAACUGCAUACCUUUUUGCUGGUGUUUUUGGUUAUACCGCAUUCGCUGAUUAUCCUGACGUCAAAGAUAAGAUGGAACUUCAAAAUGUGCUCAAGAAUUAUCCAAACAACCCAGCUAAUUUCAUUUCCCUCUUUGGAAUACUGAUCGUGGUUUUAUUUGCUACACCUUUAACUAUCCUCCCAUGCAAAGACACAAUUGAAGAGUUAUUUUUGAAGCCAGGAUAAAAGCUCAAUAAUAAGCAAAACAUUAUUUGGACUUUCAUUCUAGUGACUGUGAGCUUUUUCAUCUCUCUCGCUAUUCCAAAUAUUGGCGAUGCCAUGACAAUUCUUGGAGCAACAACUAACUCUGGAAUUGGCUUCUUGCUGCCUAUUAUUUACUACUUAAAACUAGAAAAAAAAGCACCCAGAUGGGCUUCUCACAAAAUAGUGGCAUAUUUUGUGUUCGUAUUUAUCUGCUGUUCAUCAGUGAUAGAGUUGAGCAUGUUUGCUUACAAAAAAGCAACUGGAAAUAGUUGA